GUACGCGAUCCAACUUCCGCAGAAAUGGAUGAUCUUGAAUUCCAUACGGCUCUUGCAGCUAAUGUCUACUGCAGCGCAGUUAUGAGUGGUACCUGGAUCUGCCCUCACUGCUCCAAGACGCGUCAUUUAGAGAUUGUCGAAACGUUCAGCACGCUACUCUAUGACACGAACGCUUUGGUUGCCCGCGACGACAGUGAGCAGGUGAUCUACGUUGUUUUCCGAGGUUCCGCGUCGAUCCAAAAUUGGAUGGCAAAUUUGAAUGCUAUCCUUGCCAACUACCCUGGUCCUACUGGUGCUCGAGUCCAUGCUGGAUUCUAUAAUAGUUAUCAAGACGUGCAAUCGCGUUUGAUGUCGCUGGUUCAAAGCCAAGUCAGCAGCCACUCUGGUUAUGCAGUUCAUAUCACAGGUCAUUCCCUUGGUGGUGCCUUAGCCCUUUUCCAUGCUCUCGAUUUGUACGAAAACGGCGUUACCAAUGUCAGACUAAUCACUCAGGGACAACCUCGCGUGGGCAACACUGCAUUCGCAAACUAUGUUAUUGAUACUGGUAUCCCUUACAUGCGUGCUGUGAACCAGCGUGAUGUGGUGCCCCAUAUUCCUGAUCUCGGCUUUACUCACAGCGGAGAGGAAUUCUGGGAAAGCACCGGUCUUUUUGGCGGCGUUCAGGUCUGCCCUAAUGGUAUUGAAACGGAUGACUGCGCAAACUCCAUUGCUCCAUUCACAAGUUUCACUGAUCACACAAGCUACUUUGGUAUGACCGUCGGUCUUUGUCUUCUUUAAAAAUUGCUGGGCGAUCUUACCUUUCCUCUUUGGGUAAUCACUCCCAUAACAGCAAAGUGCAACAUUACUAGUCUAGCUCUCUCUUUUUUAUGACUGUUAGUCCAUUAUUCA